CAAACCGAGCGCGCUCGAGCUCCCGCAUUGCCCUUCUUGCCUCCGCCCUUGAGCUCCCGUCGACCGUCACCCGCCUUCCAGCCUCCUCUCUCUCCUCGCAUCUUUGGGUCCCCGAAUUGCCCGGCAUGGCGAAGCAGGUGUAUCUGGCCCCGCGGAUGACCGCGAAGCCUCCAUUCUCGGUCGAGGUGCCCGGCCAGCAGCCCGUCCAGGGCGAGACGCCCGUCCGCCGACACCCGGCCGCCAUCAACGGCUUGCUCACCAAGCCCAGCGAUGACAUCACAACCGUCCACGAGCUCGUUUCCGUGAGCGUCGCCAAGUUUGGUAGCGCUCAGUGCAUGGGCUCCCGCAAGCUGGUGCGGACGCACCAGGAAAAGAAGACCAUCAAGAAGGUGGUGAACGGCGAGGAGCGCGAGGUCGAGAAGUCGUGGACCUACUUCGAGUUGAGCCCGUACGAGUACAUCAGCUACACCGACUACGAGCGCCUGACGCACCAGGUCGGUGCCGGCCUGCGCAAGCUCGGCCUUGUCAAGGACGACCGCGUCCACAUCUACGCCGCCACGAGCCAGAACUGGCUGGCCAUGGCCCACGGCUCGUGCUCGCAGAGCAUGCCCAUCGUCACAGCCUACGACACGCUGGGCGAGGAGGGCCUGCGGUACUCUAUGGUCGCUACGAAGGCCAAGGCCAUCUUCCUAGACCCCCAUCUCCUGCCGACGCUCACCAACGUCUUGGCCGUCGCCACCGACGUCCAGCACGUCAUCUGGAACAGCCAGCACCAGGUGAACCAGGCGCACGUCGACAAGCUCAAGUCGUCCUAUCCGCACAUCCACAUCCUCAGCUUCGAAGAGUUGCGGAAGCUGGGCGAGGAGAACCCCGUCGAGGUGGUGCCGCCGAAGCCCGAGGACCUCUGCUGCAUCAUGUACACGUCCGGCUCGACCGGCACUCCCAAGGGUGUGCCCGUAACCCACGGCGCUGUUAUUGCCGCCGUUGCCGGUGCCAGCGUCAUCGUCGAGGAGUUUAUCGGCCCCGGAGACGGCCUGCUGACAUACCUUCCCCUGGCCCACAUCCUCGAGUUCGUCUUCGAACAUGCCGCCAUCUACUGGGGCGCCACGCUGGGGUACGGCAACCCCAAGACCCUCUCCGACGCGUCGGUGCGCAACUGCAACGGCGACAUCCGGGAAUUCAAGCCGAGCGUGCUGAUCGGCGUGCCCGCCGUCUGGGAGACGGUCAAGAAGGGCAUCAUCGCCAAGGUCAACGCCGGCAGCCCGGUCGUGCGGGGGCUUUUCUGGGGCGCCUUGGCUCUUAAGGAGAGGCUGAUGGCCAACGGGCUGCCCGGCAGCGGCAUCCUGGACGCCGUCGUGUUCAAGAAGAUCAAGGAGGCCACGGGCGGGCGCAUGAAGCUCUGCCUGAGCGCGGGCGGGCCCGUGUCCAAGGACACGCAGCGGUUCAUCAGCAUGGCCAUCUGCCCCAUGAUCAUCGGCUACGGCCUGACCGAGACGGCCGCCAUGGGCACGCUGCAGAGCCCGCUCGAGUGGACGCCAGAGUCGAUCGGCGCCAUGACGGCCUCGGUCGAGGCGAAGCUGGUCGACUUCCCCGACGCCGGCUACUUCGCCACCAACAAGCCGAACCCGCAAGGCGAGAUCUGGCUGCGCGGCCCCACCGUGCUGGCGGGUUACUACGACAACGACAAGGAGACGGCCGAGGCGCUGACGGCAGACGGCUGGUUCAAGACGGGCGACAUCGGCGAGUGGGACCGCAACGGCCACCUCCGCAUCAUCGACCGCAAGAAGAACCUGGUCAAGACGCUCAACGGCGAGUACAUCGCGCUCGAGAAGCUCGAGGCCAUCUACCGCUCCGCCCCCGUCGUCGCCAACAUCUGCGUCUACGCCGACGUCUCCCAGGCCAAGCCCAUCGCCAUCAUCGUGCCCGCCGAGCCGGCGCUCAAGAAGCUGGCCGCCACCAUCGGCGCCGACGGCAACGCCCCGCUCGAGCAGCUCGUCCACGACAAGAAGGUCCAGGGCGCCGUGCUGCGCGAGCUGCAGGCCGCCGGCCGCGCAGGCGGGCUCUCGGGCAUCGAGAUCAUCGACGGCGUGGUCGUCGUCGACGACGAGUGGACGCCGCAGAACGGCCUGGUCACCGCCGCGCAGAAGCUCAAUCGCAGAGGCAUUCUCGACAGGUACAGGAAGGAGGUCGCUGGGGCGUAUGGCGCGUCCAGCUGAAGGGC